GUCAUUUCCAGUUCGUCGUUAAAGCAAUCCCACAGGUGUUUUAAUGUCCCGUCGAGAAAAGCGUUCGACGCAAUGGAGUUACCCCACAGACAGUGUUUGGGACGAGUCCUGAUUGUGACUGCUGCGCUUCUGUCACCUGCGUUCACGGUACUGGGCAAUGACAUCCUCGGCCUGAAGGUGGCAGGAGAGCCAGUGCUUACCCCCAACGCAGUGUGUUUACGACUGGCAGGCCUGACCAAAAAACAGAUGCGUUUGUGUGUGCGCAGCCCUGAUGUCACAGCCUCUGCUCUGCAGGGCAUUCAGGUUGCUAUUCACGAAUGCCAGCACCAGCUCAGAGACCAGCGCUGGAACUGCUCCUCCCUGGAGAACCAUGGCAAGUUGCCCCAUCAGAGUGCCAUUCUCAACAGGGGUUUUCGAGAGAGUGCCUUCUCGCUGUCGCUGCUGGCUGCAGGAGUCGUGCACUCGGUGGCUUCAGCCUGCAGCCUCGGUAAGUUGCGCGGAUGUGGCUGUGAGGCUAAACGACGCCUGGAUGACGAUAAAAUCCGUCUCAAGUUAACCCAGCUCCAGCUUCAGACCUUUCAGAGGAGCGGGGUGUCUUUAGCAGGUGCAGGAGAGAACACACCUGAGCUCAGCUCGCUCCACGGCAGCCUUCCUGCCAACCUGCACUCGUCCCACCCGAUGAGUCUCCUCAAGCCCUUGCCGGAUGAGGUCACAAUGCUGCAGGACACCUGGGAGUGGGGAGGCUGCAGUCAUGAUAUCCGUUUUGGUGUUCGCUUUUCUAGAGAUUGGUUGGAUUCCAGAGGAUCUCCUCGUGAUAUACACGCUCGCAUGAGGAUUCAUAAUAACAGAGUGGGCAGACAGGUAGUUACUGACAAUAUGAGGAGAAAGUGCAAGUGCCAUGGCACAUCUGGCAGCUGCCAGUUCAAGACCUGCUGGUACGUUUCUCCUGAAUUCCGGCUUGUGGGAUCCCUGCUGCGGGAGAAAUUUCUGACUGCCAUCUUUAUAAACUCUCAGAACAAAAACAACGGAGUGUUUAACUCUCGAACAGGUGGAAGCACUGGCUCAGAUCCGCUCCGAGGCCAGCGGAGGCGCAGUAUCUCACGUGAGUUAGUAUACUUCGAGAAAUCACCUGACUUCUGCGACCGCGAGCCUGCAGUGGAUUCGCUGGGAACGCAGGGGCGGAUCUGCAACAAAAGCAGCCCAGGGAUGGACGGCUGUGGGUCGUUGUGCUGCGGCCGCGGACACAACAUCCUGAAACAGGCUCGAAGUGAACGCUGCCACUGCCGCUUCCACUGGUGCUGCUAUGUGCUCUGCGAGGAGUGCAAGGUCACAGAGUGGGUUAAUGUGUGCAAGUGAGCAGCACACCUUCAUCCAAAUCUCCAUUUGGUUUUUUGGACCGGGAGGCAACAACCUGUACCCUGUCAAAUCGAAUGCGACUGCAAGUGUGUUUUGCUCUCCCACAGUGUGUCUGUUUAUCCGUUUCUCUCCUACUU